UUCAAACGCUCCAUUCGACUGAGGUGGAGCUAUAGGGUAGCGUUAGAAUUAAAGUCUGAUUCCGGGGGGGAAAUAAGUAAAUAAAUAAACCUUAACAUAACAAACAAGUCUUCAAACAACUUUGAGAACAAAAGGGGUUUUUUUUUAACAGAAGAAAAAAACAAAAAGUUCCUGGUGCUUAUUUAUUACUUAAUUAUUUCGUUUAUUUUGUAAGUUACGCUAAUGGAGCUGAACGCGGAAGCUAAGCGGAUCAUGGCGCUGUCUCUGGGCAAGCUGUACAGCUCCCGCAUGCAGAGAGGCGGCAUGAAGCUACACAGGAGCCUGCAGCUCUCCCUGGUCAUGAGGUCGGCCCGCGACAUCUACUUCACCGCCAAGCUGGAGAGCGACGCGGAGGCGGCGGGGCGCCAGCCAGGGGCGCCGGCCGAGGACGAGGAAGUGGCGAUGGUGACCGAGGCCGUGCCUGCGCAGCCCGCAGGGCAAGCGGCCACUGACCCCCAGCAAAGAGAAACCGGGACGGAGGCGCACAUGGAGACCGAGCCCAGUCCGGAGCGGAGCUGCGCUCCAGCGGUCACCCAGCCUUUAACAGAGGCGCCCAGCAACGUACCUGCCAGGACAGAAUGCAAACCCAAACCCGCCCAGAUCGUUACCCCCGGCGACAAGGAGAACGCGAGCCCCGGGAGCGGCAGCGCCGUGCCCGCUCUGGCUUCCGACAGACACUCGAGGAAGCGGAGGGGCAAAGCCGCCGCAGAACCCGAGUUUCUGCCCAGUAAGAAACCCAGGAUGGAGCAGAGGAAAAGAGGCGAGUCCGGGCUCCAGAGCGGCAGCUGCCGUGGCGGGGCCAGCCUGGCGAGCACUCUGUUCAGGACGAUCGUGGCUUUUUGAAUCUGUCGAAACCGAAAGAACGGAAGGCGAAAAAUGCUGCUGAAGACGUCCUGUUUGUGCGGGAACGAGAGAAAAGCGAAGCAGCCUUUCCUAUCCAAGGCAGCCCCACAGCCAGAGGGAACGGCGAUUGGAGACUGCCGUGUCCAGAAAAUACAGGACAGCAGAGGCGAGGCGAGAGAAUGGGGUCUUUCUCCUGGGAGGCACAGUGCAGAAUCGGUCUGUGGGGUUUAAAACAGUCACCGGGACAGACAGCUGUGCCAACAGCGAGCACAACAGCAGAGACAUUGCUUGUGCGUAAAAUACAAACGACUUGCCGGUCAGGCUAGCGCUCGCCACCACGCUGCACAGAGAGAGAGAGAGACCUUCACUACAGAGAUCGUGUCGGCUGCACCGCUGCACAGCAAGGCUGCUCUUGCUACACGGAGCGAGUUGCGCGCAGAAACUAAACUCCAUAAGAACUGUCAGAACUGAACCGAACCGAACUCUAUGAGCCAGGGACCAAGAGCACCCCCGUGACUCGCAGGUCUAGCAAAGCGGGGAAUAUUGUGACCAAGCCGUGUUUCACCACUGCGGGUGACCCACGGGGACAGCUGCUACAAACGAUCCCUAUGAAAGUCACCGGACUCGAUGGUAGCUGUGACGUCACUGUGUUUUAUAAGCACGUUCUUGUUGUCUUUAACACGUCAGUGGCUGGACCGCUGAUCAUGGGAGUUGAAUUAAUUAAAACUCGCUGCUCCAUGUUUUGCACGGAGCGAGUUUGGUGCUGUGCUGGAGGGGGGGAGGGGGAGGCAGGCAGCUAUACCUGCCCAAAACAGGUUGCCUUUUCAUGUGUAAUGGGUGCGGCGGAAACGCUAUUUAUAAUGUAUGUACUGUAUUUUGUUACCUCAUCUGACUGACUCAUCUGUCAAUAAAAUAUUUAUUGAAACUUGA